CUGAUACCAGUCGGCUGGUUGACAUUUGAUGUUCCCUUUGAUUUUAUAGUGUAUUGUCGAGUAGAAACGUGAAGCACUGAAAGUGAUUAGGACUAGUUUAAACAUAAAAAGUUAUUUGGCAAUUUAUUAAACAAAAUGCAGGCGGUUUCGGGUUUAGUGAAAACAACAAUUCCAGACUACUUGUCAAACUUGCCAAUCCCCGAUUCCUUCACGGGUUGGUUUAAAUUGUCAUUUAAGGAUUGGUUGGCGCUCGUUCCACCCACUGCCGUUGUUGCUGGUCUUGGCUAUGUCUCAUAUUUAGCAUUUUGUCCAGCCGCACGAAAGGGCUGCAGCGGUUCGGGUCGCUGCAACCAAUCUAUACGCAAAUCGGAAGCUAAGGUGGUGGACAUGAUUGACAUUGAAAAUAUUGCCGAAAAAGCAGCAUUUUGCCGUUGCUGGAAAACCAAGAACUGGCCCUAUUGUGAUGGCAGUCACGGCGAACAUAACAAACAGACUGGAGAUAACGUUGGACCUGUUGUUUUACAAAGGAAGAAGUAAGCUAGCGUCCCGUUCGUUGUCAUCGAUGAUAGCGGUAUUCCACUGUUGUUGGUUCUAUUGUGCCAACCGAUACCAAGGCAAAAUAUACGGAAUUAUAGAGAGCAUUACAAUAAUACUUAAUUGAAUUUGAUAUUAGCAGUUGGUUUAUUAUUUUCUAACUCUCACUAAACGCAUUUCUUUGAGCAGUAAAUUUUAAUGAACCGUUUUGUCAAAUGACUUCCCUUUAAAAAUUAGUUUAAAAUUUGCUUUGAAAGCAUGUUAAGCAAGAUAAAGUUGUCCUAUAAUAUUGAAAAAAAUUUGCUAAUUAUACAAUAAAUUGUAAACAAAUUAUUGAAAUAAUGAAAUUGUUUGUUUCAACAAAACACGCUAAUCGACAACCAUGAUUCACUUUAUAUUUUGAAAGACACUUUGAUAAAUGAAGCUAGCGCAACCAAAAUAUUUUUUCAAACUUUUAUUAAAAAAGAACAGUAUUUGUUUAAUAUAAAUAAUAUUUUCUCAGCUGGCUGUUUUGAGUUUGCUGCACUUAUAAAAAGAAAAAACCUACGAAUGUUUAUUACAAAAAGGCUUGAUUUUCGUGAGCUUAUAGAUUUAUUUUCAGGAUGGCUGAUAGGGUUUAGUCGGUUAACUUUAAAUUAGGACACAUUUGGUGACACAACUACUUAUU